AACAGGAAUGGAACAACCUACGAUGGUGGAAGGGCCAGAUGCAAACUCUAGUAGGUUGUUAAACAGGACAUUGAUUGAUGUGUUGAUGGAGGCGGUGAAGUCAGGCAAUGAAAGUGUCAAGAAUUUUGCGACAAAACAAGCAAACAGGAGCGAUUCAGAAACUAUGUUCACUCUUGCACAAUGCACGCCGGAUCUGUCCCCGCAAAACUGUGCCAAGUGUCUGCUUCAUGUCAUUCAACUUAUUCCAUGGGGCUCCAUUUCAUUCGAUUAUGGAAGAAUUGUGAACCCUAGCUGCAACUUGAGAUUUGGAACAUACCGAUUUUAUUAUAAGAACCAUGGCAAGGACCCUCCCCCCGACUCCUUUGGUUCGACCUCAGAAGAGGAUGACCCUGAGCUUGUAAACUACGACUGCGGACACUAUGCUGCUGACAAUGCCUAUCGGAACAACGUACGAAGUCUCACUCUCAAUCUUUCUACAUUUUCAAACAGCACCGAAAACAAUGGAUUCUACAAUGCUACGAUUGUAGGAAGGCAGUCCGAUACCAUCUAUGGCCUUUUCAUGUGUCGGGGUGACGUGUCUCGUGGUCUCUGCCGUGACUGCGUCAAUGAGGCAAUUCAGAAGCUAAAUGCUUUCUGUGACUGUUGCAAGGAGGCUGUCAUGUGGUAUGACGUGUGCAUGCUUCGCUAUUCCAAUCGCUCCUUCUUCUCUAUCGUGGACACAGAACCACCUGCAGUUUCACAAUCUGCAGCAAAGAUGCUAAAAGGUGAGCAAGAAGACUUCAAUCGGCAAUUAGCGACUAACUUGGACGAACUAGUGAAGAAGACAACGAAACCAGGGCCAAAGGAGGUGAAGAACUUUGCGAAACAAGAAGCAGGCAGUUCUUCAGGGUUUAAAAAAUUUUACGCCCUUGCACAAUGUACACCAGAUCUGUCCAGCAAACAAUGCGAAAAAUGUCUACGAAAUGCCACAGACGAUAUUAUCUCGUGUUGUAUUGAAAAGCAAGGAGGAACAGUCAUGUAUCCUAGCUGCAACUUGAGGUUCCAAUUGUACCAAUUUUUUUAUGAUAAUAUUGCUGUUCCAUCACAGCCUCCUGCGCAUCCCCCCUUUCAUCCUCCAGGAACUACAGGGAAACAUGAAGGUAAAUCACGAACGAUUAUAAUUGUGGUGAUCCUUAUUGUUGUUUCUACCGUGCUUUUUGGUUUCGGCUAUUAUUGCUGGCGGAGAAAAAAGAUCAUCAAGAGCUCCAAGGCUAUUCUAAAGGAAAAUUUUGGAAGUGAAAGUGCAACGUUGGAGUCGUUACACUUCAAGUUAGCUACCAUUGAAGCUGCAACAAAUAGGUUCUCAAAUGAAAAUAGAAUAGGCAAGGGUGGAUUUGGAGAAGUUUACAAGGGCAUUCUUCCUGAUGGCAAAGAAAUAGCUGUGAAGAGAUUGUCAGAAAGUUCUCGGCAAGGCUUAACAGAAUUCAAGAAUGAAGUUUUACUAAUUGCCAAACUUCAGCACAGAAAUCUUGUUGCAUUAUUAGGAUUUUGCUUGAAAGGCCAGGAGAAAAUACUUGUUUAUGAAUAUGUUCCAAACAAAAGCUUGGAUUUCUUCUUAUUUGGUUCCCAAAAAGAAAGAGCAUUAACUUGGUCAGACCGCUUUAAAAUUAUAAGAGGAAUUGCUCGAGGAAUUCUUUAUCUCCAUGAACAUUCUCGCUUAAAAGUCAUUCAUCGAGAUCUCAAGCCUAGUAAUAUUUUGUUGGAUGAUGAAAUGAAUCCAAAAAUUUCAGAUUUUGGCUUAGCCAAAAUGGUUGGUAUUAGUGAAACUAGAGGAAGCACUGAUAGAAUUGUUGGAACAUUGGGUUAUAUGUCUCCAGAAUAUAUUAAGUUUGGUGUAUUUUCUGAGAAAUCAGAUGUUUUUAGCUUUGGAGUUAUGGUAUUAGAAAUUGUCAGUGGAAAGGAGCAUGCAGGGUUUCAUCAUGGAUCUCAAGAUCAAUCUCAUCAGUAUAGUUAUGGGCUCUUAAGUAGUGCUUGGAAGCAUUGGAGGGAUGAAACAUUGAAAGGGAUAUUUGAUUCAAAUCUAGUAGAAGCUGAUUCUCAUCACAAUGAAAUGAUCAAAUGCAUCCAUAUUGGUUUGUUAUGUGUUCAAUCAAAUCCGGGAGACAGGCCUUCCAUGAAUAGAGUUGUUCAAUAUCUAAGUAAUGAUUCAAUGCAUUUGCCAAUUCCUCAAGAACCAGCAUUCUUCAUUCAUGGGCAAAUGGAUUCAGCAACCACCAGAGCACCGGAGGCUCAACUUGCCGAUCGCAAUCAAUGUUCUGUUGACCAAAUGUCCCAAAGUAUAUCUUUUCCUCGCUAGAUCUUAAGGGGCUUUUGCCUGUCCUUUGCCAGAGUAGAUAAUUUCUUUUGUAUUCAAUGUAUAUAUCACUCGUGCUUUGUUUCUUCUAAGAUCAUGUGUAUAAUAAGUUAAAAACAACUUGAUCGUUUCAGAUUUAGAUGAGUUUUCCUGGCCAUUUUUUAUUUUUCUGUUCCUUGAGAUGCAUCUUCUUCUUGUUUUUCUUGUUUUUGCUUUUACUUUGACAAUUGGUUAAGAUUUUGUUGGUCAGGGACUUGAGACCCCCAAAAGGAUUGAUGCUUUAA